AAAAAUGGCAACGAGGUGUAAGAAAGGAAAAUCCUCCCGUCAAAGAAAGUCCAGAAGAAGGGGCUUAAAAUGGCGAAAAAAAUAAAAAUUAACAAAAAAAAAAUGAAUAAAACCAAAAGACAAGCAGUAACGAAACGAAUUUUGGAAUCUAGCUCUUCUUCCAGCGAAGAUGAUUUUGACGAAUACAAUGAGAUAUUUUGUGAGGUUUCAGGAAGAGACUAUAGGAUAGUCAAAGUUUUUGGGAAAACUGCUAUAAAAUUUCGACUUUAUGUUGCUCGUGAACAAAUGCUGAAUGGUUUUCUAAAACGUUAUAACUCGGUCAACAAAUAAAUAGAUGAAAAUGAAAUGGGGUUCGU